AUGAGAUUACUGGCGUUGAUAUCGUUAUUAUUGUAUGCGCCGCUUCGUUCAUUGGCCCAUAGCUUACGAUAUGGCAUACCCGAAUCUGUUCAGGUCUGGUCUAUUUUAGUUCACUUACUAGACGAUCUUGAUGGCCAGCUACUAGCUGAUUUAUACCCUUUGGUCACCGGUUUGGAUGAUGAGAUUGAUACUCAAGAAAACCUUGUGGCGCUAACUUCGAAUAUAUUAAGGGAACGGUACGGUGAAGAGGAUGUGGCCGAUCUGUUGGAACUGUAUGCUGAUCUUUACCCUAUGGGCAUGAUAGAGUGGAGUACCAGUUCUAAUGCUGAACCGGAAGAUAUAGAUGAGAGCUAUUUUGUUUUGAAUGGUAAUAGGUACGAGAAGCCCGAUGACGUGUUUUAUUUGAAAUCUAAGGAUUUAAUAACCCAGCAGAAAAUCCCAGAUAUUGAUGUUAUACAGCCUUACGAUGUUGUCAUUGGCGCUAACUCUAAAGCACCGAUUUUGAUCUUGUACAGUUGUCCUAACAUUAAUGACCCUGACUUCGAAGAAUUUAAUAGAAAUUUAUUCAUGGAAGCCAUGAAUGAAGAGGGAAAGAUUAGAUUUAUUUGGAGACCAACAUGCUCCCUUGAUGGAAAAAGUGUGGAGUAUCCCUUAGAUUUCCCACUUGAAAUUACUUUACAAAAUGGUUCUAGCAUGAGUUCAAUACCUCAAUUGAAGAAAAUACUAUCUACUGUACCAAACGAAAUAUCAGUUGAAGUAGACCACGAUGAUCAGCUUUAUGACCUAAAACCAGAAGAAUUACGUGAACUUGAUUUGAAAGUAACAUCGUUAAUCUCGGAAUUUUAUCAAGACAAAGAAGAUACUAUAGCCACUCUAAACUUUACUAAAAAUAUUGUUAACAACUUUCCACUAAUCUCCAAACAACUGGCUAGGGCUUCUACUGUCAACAAGGAUAUAAUAGCAAGUAACGAAAAACUUAAUAGUAAAGGCUUUGAUUAUAACAUGUUGGGUCUCUAUAUUAAUGGACAGAACUGGAAAAUUACUUCACUGAACCCGUACAAUUUGCUUACUGCUUUAAAAACUGAACAUCAAAGUUUACUGAAAAUCACAAAUCUUUUGCAAAAUCUCGAGCCCUCAAAAGGCGUGCUGGAUUCCAAGUUCUUACUAAAUAAAUUUUCUCAGUUUUCAUUAGGGAAGUUGCAAAACUUACAACCAAUUAAAUUGGAUCUUCACACAAUUCCAGGGUUCUCAGAAUCAGUAAUAUACUUCAACGAUAUCGAAACCGAUCCGCAAUAUAAUGAAUUAGUAAAUAAUGUUCAAGCAUUUUUUGAUAAAUCAAAAUUUGGAGAGUUGCCUGAGAUAAGGCAAAACUGGUCAGAGAUCAUAUUCGUUAUAGAUUUUGCCCAUUUAGAAGAUAGUGAAGUCAAGGAGGCAUUGGGUGGAUUAGUUCGUGCCGUCAAUGUUGUCUCCCAAGGCUAUCCACAAAGAGUCGGACUUUUGCCAUUUAGUUCCAAUAGUGAUAGAUCCGUUGUCAAUAAAAUUUACGAGCUCAAAAAUUCAACUGACGAUCUGACAGAGUUGAAAACGUUUUUGGAAACAAUGCUGCUUGCCGACGGUCUUUCUGCGAAUGCAAAAUUUUCGAAGCACAUAUCAGUUCCAGAUGUUUUUCAUCUACUUGAUGAACUUCAAAUCGACGAAACAUCAAUUAUAAUUAAUGGGGAGAUUUACCCAUUUAAAAAAAACGCUUGGAACUAUUUGAUCGCAAAAGUUAUAAAGAAGGACACUGAAUUCAUUCGUAAAGAACUAAGCAUCUCCUCUCCAAAAAACAAACAAACCAGUGUGAGGGACUUAUUACACUACAAAUCUGCAAGUUUGAGACAUAAUAAAUAUACGCCAAAUUAUUUUGCCGAUUCGCUAUACUCUUCGGUCAAUAAUACUGUAUUAGAAAGUAUCUGCCCAGAAAGAAUAAUCUCUUAUACUAAGAAUGAAGAAUACAAUUUAUUACACACGAUUACACUGGUUGAUGAUUUUAGUUCUAUUCAUGCUUUGAAAAGAUUGAAAAAUUUGUUGCAUAUCUCAUUUGUUGGUGUUAGGAUGAGAAUCAUUCAUAUAGGUGAUAUUUCAGACACUUGGCUUCAAUUGCGUGGUAGCUUUUCCCAAAAAGAUCCGAUAGGCCCAGUAAAUACACUUAUUGACGCCUUGAAAUUUAAAAAGGGAAAAAGUCACACACGCACAAAAAUUAGCUUAAACAGGUUGGGCCUUCAUAAAUGGCUUCCUGAUAUUCCAUUAUUUGAAUUGGGGAAGGGUUCAUUUAUUGCUUUGAACGGUCGCUUUAUUCAUCUUGAUCAAAAUGAAGUACCAGAAACAAAGCAUUUCGAAGCAAUAAUAAAAAGAGAAGCUGUAAGAACUAUCGAUUCAGUCUUCGCCCUAGACUUACUUUUCCCAGGUUUUUCACAGGAAAGAAUCGAUCCUGAUUUAAUAGAAAUGAUAUCCUCUAUUCUAACUAAGUUAUUUUACCAAGGCACGCAUAUAUACGGUAAUGGCAUCGAUUAUACCACUGAAAGUAGCUUGCCAAGAAUGGAUUUGAAUCAGUUUUUUGAACCUAAUAAUUUGACAAUGUUCGAAGAUGGAAAAUCAGCUCCUAUUGAUUUAUUGCUAAUUUUAGACCCACUUGAAGAGAGAUCACAAAUGAUUCUCUCUCUUGUUGAGCAAUUUAAGUCUUUGAAAUUUGUUAAUACUCAAGUAGUUUUAAUGCCGACGCUGGAAUUAAACGUUGUCCCCAUUAGAAGAAUAUAUGUUGAUAACGCAGAGAUUGUCAAAUCAAUAACUUCUGAGAAUAGCAAGUCGGAUCCAGGAGUAGAUAUCGAAAUGAAUGUCCCUAAUUAUUUCAUCGUAGACAACAAUCAUCGGCUAAAAAAAUUGCUCAUAGAAUUACAUGUGUUUUCUAACAAAACAGUUCUUUCAGCUGGCAAUAUUGAUGGUAUAGGGGGUGUAUGUCUAGCACUUGCCGAUGCUGCGGGGAACAUCAUCGACAAAACUACAACAAUGAAAACCUUUGGUUAUGGACAGUUCCAUAUCGACAAGUUUUUAAAGGGUUGCUAUAUAAAAAGUUGUGAUUCAAGAUAUACUGUUCAGUCUUUUUCUACUGACGGGCAUCCUGACUUCAUACCAUCAAAUUUACUGGAUAUAGUGUCGUACAACCCACAAGAAAUUGCUGUGAAAAUUUCAGAAGAGCCCUCACACGAGAAAGAACAUGAGGAAGAAGGCGACGAUGAUACAACAAUCAAUAUUUUCACUAUUUUAGAAACUGGACCGGAAGAGGAGGAAAGGUAUAAGCAAAUGAUUUUAUCCAUUUUGUCUAAAUGUCCCAAAACGCAGAAAGUGAAUUUUUUUACUUUAGAUCAGCCAUUUAUCUCCAACAAUUUAAGAAAAUCAUGUGAGUACAUAAAUUCCUCUAGUGAAAUGAGAGGCAGUGUCAUUUUCUUGGAUUAUGAAUGGCCUCGAUGGUUAAGACCGCAAAGAUUUUCUUUAAGGAGGAGGGAUGUAUCCAAGUUUCUGUUCCUAGAUGUCAUUUUACCUCAAAAUGUCUCCAAAAUAUUAUAUAUGAUCCCUACUGAAACACCACUUGAUCCUUUUGACAUGUUUCAAUUUCAAGGCCUCAAACGUGCACCUCUAGGAUUAUUCCGAAUGAGUGGUGAUGGUUAUUGGAAAGAGGGGUAUUGGGAGAAAAUGCUAAGGGAAAAUAAUUUAGAAUUUUAUUCUACUGAACCGGGCUUUCUUGUAAACUUAAAAAGGUUUCGUGAACUAGAUGCGGGUGAUAAAUACAGAAUUCACUAUCAACGUAUAUCCACAGAUGCCAGAUCUCUUGUCAAUAUUGGCCAAGAUCUGGUUAACAACCUACAACUUGAGGUUCCGAUUAGAUCCCUGAAGAGGUCCUUCAAGAAGGAAUUAGUCAUUAAUAAUGAACUUCUUGCUAAGUGGAAAAAAAGUGUUAAUAUAUUUGCAUCCUCCCCUACGGAUGAAGAAGUAUCUGGAGAAAGCGAUAGUAGCGAAUACCAAGAUUACGACAACGCCGCUCCUCUGCAUGACGAAUUAUAA